GGGACCAUUAUAUUUUAAUAUUGAUCUGAAUAAUAUUAACCUAAUCUUCAAUCUUUGUCUCUGUUUGUUUCUGCAGGUGUUGUUGGUGAUGAAGUGAAGUCAGUGUCAGUGAUGGAGAGAGAUAAUCUUACUCUACUCACUAAUAUUACUGAAAUACAGAGAGAUGAAGUGAUCGAGUGGAGGUUUGGAGAUAAAGAUACUCUUAUAGCUAUAAUAAAUAAAACACCUAAUAUAGUCAGAAUAAAUGCUGGUUUUCUUGAUGGGAGAUUCAGAAACAGACUGCAGAUGAAUAAUCAGACUGGAGAUCUCACCAUCACAAACAUCACAACUCAACACACUGGACUUUAUCAAGUAAUCCUCAGCAGCACUAGAGAGAUCUCAUCCAGAUUCAAUGUUACUGUCUAUGCUCGUCUGCCCAUUCCUGUCAUCAUCACCAGAGACUCUUCAUCAGUCUCAACAUGUCUGUCAUUGUGUUCAGUGUUGAAUAUAAGAGAUGUGAGAGAUGUGAGUCUGUCCUGGUACAAAGGAAACAGUUUAUUGUCCAGCAUCAGUGUGUCUGAUCUCAACAUCAGCAGCAUCUCUCUUCAUCUGAAGUGUCUGGAUGAUUCUUACAGCUGUGUGGUGAACAAUCCCAUCAGUAAUCAAACUCAACAUCUCAACAUCACUGAUGUCUGUCAGCCGUGUUCAGACUCUGUCAGCUGUUGUGCUACGACUGAAGCUGUGAUCCGGUUGGUCGUCUUUGCUCUGGUGGGCGUUGCUGCCAUCACUGCUUCUGUUGUUUUGAUUUAUGACAUCAGAUCCAGAAAAGAUGAACAGAAGAGAAGAUCAUAGACAUCAACAUUUCUUUGUAAUACUUAAAAAAAAAAUCAUUAUUUAUAAAAACAUGCUUGUUUCUGAUAAUUUAGUUCUUAAUCAAAUCAUAAUAAAGCAGACAAAAAAUACUCCCCCUCCAUUGAACCAAUUGGUGACGCCCAUCAAAUGCGGCACAAUUUUUUUUUAACCAA